AUGCAUUCGAAUCAUCUGCUACUCGAAGAGCCGAUCAGGAUGGCUUCUAUUCUAGAGCCAUCCAAAGCCAGUUUCUCCGCAAUGACAAAGAUUGUGGGAACACUGGGCCCUCGUUCUCGAUCCGUUGAGGUUAUCUCCGCUUGUCUUAAAGCUGGAAUGUCUGUGGCUAGAUUUGAUUUUUCAUGGGGUGACGCCGAGUAUCAUCAAGAGACUCUGGAGAAUUUGAGGGCUGCUAUUAAGAGCACUAAGAAGCUCUGUGCUGUUAUGCUUGAUACAGUGGGUCCUGAGUUACAGGUUGUUAAUAAAAGCGAGAAAGCUAUAACACUUAAAGCAGACGACAAGGUUAUCCUGACACCAAAUCAAGGUCAGGAAGCAACCUCAGAAGUUCUGCCCAUCAACUUUGCUGGACUAUCCAAGGCUGUGAAAAAGGGAGACACCAUUUUUAUUGGCCAAUACCUGUUUACAGGAAGUGAGACCACUUCUGUUUGGCUGGAGGUGGAUGAAGUGAAAAGCGAGGACGUGGUUUGCGUGAUAAAGAAUUCUGCAACCUUGGCUGGGUCAUUAUUUACUCUACACGCUUCUCAAAUUCGCAUCGAUUUGCCAACUCUUUCUGAUGAGGACAAGCAGGCUAUCAUCACAUGGGGUGUUCAAAAUAAAAUUGAUUUUAUUUCAUUGUCAUAUACGCGUCACGCAGAAGACGUUCGUGAGGCCCGUGAGUUUCUAUCCAAGCUUGGCGAUCUAAGUCAGACUCAAAUUUUUGCUAAAAUUGAAAACGUUGAGGGUUUAACCCAUUUUGACGAGAUCCUACAAGAGGCAGAUGGUAUCAUACUUUCACGUGGAAACCUUGGCAUAGAUCUCCCACCUGAGAAGGUGUUCUUGUUUCAGAAGUCUGCUGUUUACAAGUGUAACAUGGCUGGAAAGCCAGCGGUUGUAACUCGUGUGGUUGAUAGCAUGACUGACAAUCUUAGGCCUACUCGUGCAGAAGCAACUGAUGUUGCUAAUGCUGUUUUGGAUGGAUGUGAUGCAAUACUUCUUGGGGCUGAAACAUUACGUGGAUUAUAUCCUAUUGAGACUAUUUCUAUUGUUGGCAAAAUUUGUGCUGAGGCAGAGAAGGUUUCCAAUCAAGACCAGUACUUCAAGAAGACAGUGAAAUAUGUUGGAGAGCCCAUGAGCCACUUGGAAUCUAUUGCUUCAUCUGCGGUGCGAGCAGCUAUCAAGGUGAAGGCAUCUGUUAUCAUUUGUUUUACUUCAUCGGGGAGGGCUGCAAGAUUGAUAGCGAAGUACAGGCCAACAAUGCCAGUUCUCUCAGUUGUAAUCCCUCGGCUCAAAACAAAUCAAUUGAAAUGGACUUUUACUGGUGCAUUUGAGGCAAGACAAUCACUUAUUGUUAGAGGUCUUUUCCCUUUGCUAGCUGAUCCUCGUCAUCCGGCCGAGUCUACAAGUGCAAUUAACGAGUCAGUUCUGAAAGUUGCACUUGACCAUGGAAAGGCCUCUGGAGUUAUCAAGUCACACGACCGAAUUGUGGUCUGCCAAAAAGUUGGAGAUGCUUCUGUAGUCAAGAUUAUCGAGCUCGAGGAUUAA